AUGGUCAUCUCUUGCAAAUAUACAAAGUAUAGAACUAUCCGACCCAGCGUAUCCUUCUGGUCAUCAGCAUUCCAUAAAAACAGAAAAAGUGAAUGUCGGGAGGUUUGCUUCGCCUUGCCAAACUGCACUCACGCGUCCGUCGAAAGCAAAGCAGAUAAUGAUUUGGAAUGCUUGGUCUCCUUCGCUGUUGCCGAAUACCACCUUCUGAAGUCUGUAGAUACAGCCAUCACAUUUGUAAAGCAGCCGUUGUAUCCAGUUAAAGGCCGUGAGAUGUAUUACAAUCUGGUUAGAAGUGGCGGAAAGUGGUUUGACGCGAAUCGUACUUGUUACGACGAAGGCGGCCAGCUAGCUAUCUUGAGCACUAACCAGACGAUGGAUGAAGCUAUUGCCCUUCUCCAAUCAGCAGGUAUAUCAGAGGCCUGGAUAGGACUCUUCAGUGCAUGGUCAGCAGGUAGGGGAAUGGAAGGCCCAAAAUGGCAGCUUAGGACUGGUGCAAUUCCCGCACUUACCCGUCCGACAACUGAUUAUGUUCGAUGCUAUACGCUAUCGAAAGACCCAUCUGGUGUUUGGAACAUCAUAAACAUUGGCAGUAAUGCGUGUGCUACUCCUCUUCCCUACGUUUGUCAAAGAAGCUACUAAGUAAUGGUGGAUUUACAUUUUGCUGAACGGCGCUGCUAAAAUAAAGAAAGAAAGAAAGAAAAAGAUUGCGUCUAAUAAAUACUAAAUGCAAGUGGAAUCUUCAUCUAUCUACAUAAAGGUCAAAAUGAAUGCGAGUUGCAUCCAUUCUCAAGCAAUAAAGAUCCUGGCAUUAUACGCAUUACUAUGUGAUUGUAAUAUGCACUAUGUGAACAUUACAUCUACUGUUGAUAAGAUGGUAGUCAUGGUUCUAAUGAAGUUGCCAAAUGCAAAAGGCAUACACUGUAAACAAUAAAAUGGGCCUAGAGUUAAACAUAAUACUAAACAUUUGGUAUAAGAGUUUCUUUCGAGAAAAUGG